AUGUCCAAGCAGGCGGAAGUGUUAAGCAAACGGAAGUGGCAGACGGAGGGCAUGCUACACAGCAUGAGGAGACAGGUCGAUGCCUUGGGGGAGCUGGUCAGCAGCACGUCUGUGGACUCCACGUCGUCAGCCACUCCGUCUCAGCUCGAGUCUUCCCUGGCAGAGGACUCCCGUCUUGGACCAAGUCAGAGCUCCUUCCAUCAAGUUCUACAAGGUCCAUCACAGUCAGUAGACAGUUACCGACACUGA